AUGCACAAUACAGUGCACAUCGAUGAGAAGUGGUUUUACAUGACUAAGGGGACGCACAGACCCUUGUUUGGGCCUGAUGGUGAGGUAAUAUUUGAUGAAAAAUUUGGGAUAUUUCCAUUUACUAAAAAAGUGCCAGCACAACGAGCUAGCAAAAAUAGACCAGCAGGGACCAUGGUGACCAAGUCAAUAGAGUCAGUCACUAAAGAGGUGUAUAGGGAAUGCUUGAUUCAAAAGAUGCUGCGAGCCAUUAUGGCAAAAUGGCCAACUGGAGCAAGCAAAGUUAUCUAUAUUCAGCAGGACAAUGCAAAGCCACAUAUCACAAAUGAUGAUCCAAUUUGGAGACAACAUGCCAAUCAAAACGGGUUCACAUUUAUUCUAGUGCAGCAACCACCAAACUCCCCAGACACCAAUGUCAAUGAUUUAAGGUGGUUUAGGGCCAUCCAAAGUUUUCAAACACAGACUAGCAGCCAGACAAUUAACCAAUUAAUAGAGGUUGUACACAAAGCAUUUGAAGAGUUGUCUCCAAACACUUUAAACAAUGUGUUUCUAAGUUUGCAGGAAUGUAUGGUUGAAAUUAUGAAGGUUAAAGGUGAGAAUUCCUACAAAUUGCCCCAUAUGAAAAAGGGGGAACUUGCUAGGGCUGAUGCAUUUCCAUUAAAUUUGGAAGUGUCUCAGGAUUUAGUAAGAGAAUGCAUAAGCUACUUAAUAGAACAGGGAGGUGCAGCUGGGAUUGAAGAGCUUAUAAAUACACUUGGUAUUCAAAGGCUGGAAGUUACACAAGAAAGGCAAAUGAUUUAG